AGCGGGCAAGUCAGCACAGCCCCACGCUCCGCCGGGCCCCCGCCCGGCUCCACCGCCGGCGCAGCGGGAGCACAGACGAGGGAUUCAGCAGCACACGCCAGCGGGGGCCCCAGGCUACCCGGAGCCAGCCCCGGCGCAGGCAGCUCCAGCAGGUGCCGGAGAUGAAGCGAAUAAAUCUCUCGGCGCAGGGGGAGAUUCGGGGCGGCUCCGGGCUGUCGCACGGCCGCUGAGGCGCCCCCCUGCUCCCGGCGUCCCCUGUGGGCUGGGGGCUCCCUUGCCGGGGCCGCUCGGGGGGCUGGCGCAGGGGGCCCCGGUGGGCUGAGGAUGGACCCCGGGGCGGUGGGGAGCUGCCGGGGAGCUGCGGCGACAGCUGAGGCCGGGAGCCGGCGCGCAGAUGAGGUCUAGGGCAGGCCGGCCCUCGGUGAUGGAAUACCGACCCCGGCCGGACUUCCAGCCACACCUGACAUCGCUGCCCUACCAAACGGGGAGCCAGCGGAUGGGGAUCCUCACCGUGGGCGGGCCCCAGGCCCUGGGGGACAGGCCUUGCCGAACAAGGCACCAUGUGGCCGUCUGCAAGCAGGAGAGUUUGUCCUUCGUGGAGCUGCCCAACCUCCAGCCUCCUAGUCAAGGAGAUUUUAGUCUUGUCCCAUGCUCCUCGGAGGGCCUGGGGCUCCCCAUCUCCCACAGCAACCCCAUGGACGGGCGGGGAAGCCCGCAGUUGAGCCCCGAAGGCUGGUCCCCCAGUCAUCACAGCUACCCAGACUUCCACCCCAGGCUGGGCUGGAUCCCAGACUCUGGGGUCCCCUUUGGAGGCGAUGCUGCGGGUGGGGGCUCUGGGACUCACCCAGGGGUGGUGGAGAUUGCUGCCCCCCAGGGAUGGCAGGUGGUAAGGAAAGCAGACAGCUGGCCUCACGGCAGCUCCUUCGAGCUGCCCUCGCCUGUCCACGACGUCAUCAGUGGGCCCACGAGCCCCCUGCCGCUGCCCAAGUCCCAGGGGCAAGGAUCCCAUGGGGUGGAGAAGGAGAAGUUGGCCUGGAGGAAGAUCAGGGUCUACUCCCCCGAGACCCUCAGUGACACGUCCCCCAGCCUGGAUGGAGACACCGUUUUCCCAGGCUCCCCAGUCCACGAGGACGGCAGGUGUGCGGGGGAGCUCGCGCUGCGGGGGAUGGAGCCGCUGGACCUGAGGCCAGCUCCUGAGGGGCCUCCCCACGAGGUGCCCGAGACACUGGACCUGGCGCUGCCCCUCUGCUCGGCUGGCCGGAGCGCCAAGGGCUUGGCAGAGCAGGAGAGGCGACGCUUCUCGGCCUCGGAGCUCAUGAACAAGCUGCAGCUGUCUCAGCGCAGGGCCACCUUCUCCCUCAAGCUGGGCAAGUCUCUCUCUGCCAGGAGCGCUUCCAAGGAGAAAGGGGCUUGGGCGAGCCAGGAAGGUAAACUGAAUGGAAGGGAGAAGAGUUGCAGCAGCAUGGGCAGUGAUGGCCUCCCAUCCCCAGAGUCACCCAGUGAGCCAGGGAACGUCUGGCCCAGGAGCGAGGCGGAGCCGGAGGGGUGCCUGAGCGCUUUGGUCCAGCACGAGAAGCGGCAGUCGAGGUUCCUCCUGAACUCCAUCCUGUACCAGGAAUACAGCGAUGCCGCCACCGCCCGGGAGAUCCAGCGGCAGCAGCGGGAGGACGCCCAGGCGGCGGAGGAGGAGGAGGAGGAGGAGAAGGAGGAGGCCGACCUGGCACAGCCCAAGCCCAACCUGUCGCCCAGCAGCUCCUUCUGUUCGCAGCGCUCGUCCCGCGGCUCCACCUUCUCGCUGUGGCAGGACAUCCCGGAUGUGCGGAGCAGCGGGCUGCUCAGCACCAUCAGCCUCCAGGAGUGCAAGCUGCAGGAGGCCAAGUUUGAGCUGAUCACCUCGGAGGCCUCCUACAUCCACAGCCUCUCCAUCGCGGUGCAGCACUUCAUGAACUCACGGGAGCUGAACGAGUGCCUGGGAGCCCAGGAGAAGCAGUGGCUCUUCUCCAAGCUGCCCGAAGUGAAGGACGUCAGCGAAAGGUUCCUGCUGGAGCUGGAGGAGCGGCUGGAGGAGAACAUCCUGCACUUCGACAUCUGCGACAUCGUGCUGCGCCACUGCCCGGCCUUCCGCCGGGUCUACCUGCCCUACGUCACCAACCAGGCCUACCAGGAGCAGACCUACCAGCGCCUGCUGCAGGACAAUCCUAAAUUCCCAGGGAUCCUGGCAAAGCUGGAAGAGGGGCCAAUGUGUCAGCGCUUACCUCUCACCUCCUUUCUCAUCCUGCCCUUCCAGAGGGUCAUGCGCUUGCAGAUGCUGGUGGAGAACAUCCUGAAACGCACAUUGCAGGGCUCCCGGGACGAGGCCACGGCCACCAAGGCCUUCAACCAGCUCAAGAAGCUCGUAAAGGAAUGCAAUGCCAGCGUCCAGUCCAUGAAGAGAACCGAGGAGCUCAUUCAUCUGAACAAGAAAAUCCACUUUGAAAGUAAGAUCUUCCCGCUGAUCUCGCAGUCGCGCUGGCUCGUGAAGCAUGGGGAGCUGGUGGAAGUGGACAUGCAGCUCAUCAGCACCCUCGCUGCCAAGUUCAAGCUCUCCACCAAGAUGGUGUAUCUCCACCUCUUCAAUGACUGCCUCUUGCUCUCCAGGAGGAAGGAGACGGGGAAGUUCGCGGUCUUUGUUCACGCCAAGAUGCCAGAGCUGAAAGUGACCGACCUGAGCAGGAAGCUUCACGGGGUCCCGGGACAAAUCUUCCACCUCCAGCUCUUCGACAGCCAGCGGCUGAAGCACCAGGUCUUGCUGCGGGCACAGACCGAGAGUGAGAAGCAGCGGUGGAUCUCGGCAAUGGUCCCCUCCAGCCCCCAGACGGACAGGGAGCAUGUCACCAAGAAUGCAGACACCGCCCAGGUCCAGUGUAUCAAAGCCUACAAGGCCCAGGAGCACGACGAGCUGACCUUGGAGAAGGCAGACAUCCUGGGGGUCAAGACGAGAACCAGCGACGGCUGGCUUGAGGGGAUCCGUCUGUCAGAUGGGGAGAGGGGCUGGGUCCCUCAGGGGCACGUGGAGGAGAUCACCAGCCGGGGUGCCCGGCUGCGCAACCUGCGUGAGAAUGACCGCAUCAAGCAUGCCACGAGCAAGCUGGAGGAGGAGCAGGCAUAGGCCGGCCCAGGCGCCGGCCAGGGGAGACUCUGGGAACACAGUCAGAGCCCUGCGUCGUGGCAGGGCGAUGGGCAGAAAGGUGGGGGCAGGACUGCUCCCGUUGCUAAGGGGCUGCUGAGCGAGCAUCCUGGGCACACCCACCAAACGGCACCAGGCGAUGGUAGCAACAGGCCGCGGCUUGGUGGAUGAUCUGCCGCGGCCUCCACGCUCCCCGCUGCUGGCUGAAGCUCCAGGGAGGGAACGAGGCCCCGGGAACCCCCUCCACAAACGGACCUGCUGUUCUGUGCUCUCUGCACGGUUUCCUGGGAAGGUGGCACUGGCUGCCCUGGGUGGGAUCCUGGCCUGGUCCUCGUAGGCAUGGCCGGCUGGGGGAACCAUCUGGCAACGAACUCUCUGCCCUGGCCCCUGUCAGAAACAGGCUACUGGGCAAGGGGGACCCUUGGUCUGACCCAGUGGGGCUGUUCGUGUGUUCAGGCGCCACCCACCCAAAGCAUCAUCUGCCUGGAGGGCAGGGACCAGCCAGGCAAGUGUCUCCCCCGCUGGAAUGGGCACCUUGUGGGGGGAGCAGCGCACCAUCUCCAUGGCCCAGGCUUCUCGGGGUAGGGUGAGGCAAGUUCCUGCUGCUUCCAUCCUGGGCCAGCGUCACACGAGGGAGGAGGGACCCCAUUAGUGAUCCCUGGAGCUGCCCAUUCUUCGAGGGGGGUUGCAAGGCAGGGGGUCACCUCCGAAACAGCAUCGCCAAAGCCGAGCUCCAGGCCCCUCCCCUUCCCUGUACUGCUCUGCCAGCCCGGGCACCGCUGGUGCAGGACGCUGCCCGCGGCGCUCCCCUGCGAUGUCCUGGUGGGGGUGGAUCAGCCUCGUUGUCAUGGCAGGGGACAGCCACGGCUCCCUCCACCACGGCCCGGCCCAGCUCUUGCAUCGGCCUGGAACCUCUGCCCAUGGCUGGUGGGUCUGCAAAGGAGCCAGGGCGGAAACAGCCCCCGCUGACGUCUCACCCGCUGUUCCAGCUCAAACCGAGCCGAAGGAGGAGGGAGACGCCGGGAGAGCCGGAGACCCGCUGCAGGGGCUGGGUUUGCACAAGCCGCGCAUCAGUAAAGGCCUUAAUUCAC